CGGCGGCGAGGGUUUGGAAGCAGUCCUUGUUCCUGUGAGUGUGGGAGGCGGAGUCCUGGGGGAGUCAGGCCUCCAUCUCGGCCAGGAGCCCCGCAGCGGCCCCGCCACCCCCGCUCUCCCUCCUUCCCUCCCCAGGCGGCCGAACAAAGACGAAGAUGUUGCGCUCCACCGGAUUUUUUCGGGCCAUCGACUGUCCAUACUCGGCCGGGGGCGCCUGCAGGCGUCCCUACUGCCACUUUCGGCACCGCGGAUCCCGGGGACUUGGUGGAGGGAGUAGCAUCACUGAGGGCGCCACGCUCAAUCCUGUAGCAGAGCUUGGUUAUGAUCCAUACAAUCCAGAACUUCCUAAACCUUCAUCUAGAAUAGAAAAUGGAUCCUUGGGGGAAAUUGCCAAGCCAAGUGCUGGGAUUCUGGAGCUGGAAUUGGUUAAUAAAGCCAUCGAAGUAGUCAGAAAUGAGGUUGAGCGUGAACAGAAGAAAUAUGAAGAGCUUUUGGAGAACACCAAGGAGUACAACACUUCUGAGGCCUCACCUAGCAUUUCCAAAAGUCCCACUGGCACUGCUGGCCCAAUAAUUGACUCCUUAGCUGGUUCUUUAGAAUAUAAUCCAGGUAGUUAUUGCUUAAAUAACACAGACUACCACCCAACUCCUCUUGCUGCUGUUAAUAAUUCAAACAAAUAUACCUUGGAUUCUUCUGACAAAUCAAAGUCCAAAGGCAGUGCUCUGGAAUACGUUCCCAAAGCUGUGGCCCAACCCAGAAAAUAUAGCCAAACUGUUCCCAACAGCAAGUAUGUAAUUGAUAACUCUAAACCUUUGACGGAUUUAGAAUAUGACCCUCUUUCAAAUUACUCUGCCAGACUUUUAAGCAAAACCAACACAAAAGAUCGGAAGGGGACCAAACGGAGAAGGGGAUCAAGUCAAGAUGAGUGUGACCCUCUUGCACUCAAGAAGCAUUGUGAUGACCUCAGUGGUUAUGAGACAGAUGCCAAGUUUUCUGACUCUGAAGAAGAACCAAGCCCUGUUAGCCAAUUGAAAUCUAGAAUUGGUUUAGAGAGCGUGACCAAUGAUGGAUUGUCCACCAAAGGAAAGCACUCCAAACCUGAGGCUGCAAACUCCUGUGGAAAGAAGGAAAUGGCAGUGCAAUAUGAUAUGGAGGAUCUCCAGCGUACAUGCAAAAAUCUAGGCCAAGAUCCUCCUGAGAGAACCGUGAAAGCCACCAAGAUGCCUUCUAGGACAAAUGAAAAGGAGGGUAAUGGCAAUAAGGGCAACAAAAUGAAAAUUAAAAAGCCAGAUUACAGUAGGACCUCUAGCCAUAAGAAUAGGAUGAACAGGAAAGAAAAAUGUAAAAUCCUAGAAAAAGACAAAGCAAGCAAAGAGAAGACGAAAACAAAACAUGAAAAAAGUACAAAUGCCAGGACAGUUGGGAAUAUUACCAAACCUGCCAAGCACAAAUCUGAAACGGUAGAUAUGACUAAAGUGGAGAAACCAAAGCUAAACUCAGAAAAAAGCAAGAAUGAUAAUCUCAACACAGAGAAAAGAGUGAUUAGCAAAAAAGUCUCUUCAUUAAAGGCAGCUGGUACAAAAAGCAGGAAAAGCGCAUCUAGUAGUAAAUUUGUAGGUGAUAAAGGGGGAAAGGCCCCUGGAUAUGGCAGGCCGGAAGAGGGGAAAGCAAAUUCCUUAAAAGAAAGUUCCAGGGGCAAAUCUAGCCGAAAGAAAUGGCCAUUGAGUCAUGUUGAUCUCUUUGGUGAUGAGAGUGGAGACGAGGACGAAAGGACAUCCCAGUCUAUGCCUGCUGUUCUUGCAAACACCAGGUCAGAUUCGGGUGGAGACGAGGGUGAUUGGAGCUCUCAGAGUGAUGAGGGGAUAAAGCACCCCAAACGUUCCUGGCCCUCUGCGUCCUCUUCGUCCUCCAUGACCUCAGAUGAUAUUGACUAUUCCAUUUUGGAGAAAGACUUAGACUAUGAUUCUGACCCAAUGGAAGAAUGUCUCCGGAUUUUUAAUGAAUCUACAGAUGUAAAGACUGAGGACAAGGGGAGACUAGGCAAGCAGCCAUCCAGGGAAGAGAACAAUGAUGAAAAGACUGAGGACAACCUGACCACCCUGUUUCCAGGACAAAAAAGGAGAAUUUCUCAUCUUUCUAAGCAAGAAAAUGCAGAUGUCCCAAACAAAUCAGUAAUCCGGCCAUACCAACCUCCAACUGCUCAGGAGAUAUGCUAUCGGAGGACUCAACUGGCUCAACAGCAGGCAUCAGAAAUGCUUCAGGCAGCUCAGUUGGCAUCCCAGAAGCAUUCUACCAAGCUCUCCCUGCCAGGAGAAAAGAAGAGGAUUGCCCAUGUGCCCAAUGCAUUGGUGGUCUCAGCAGCCCAACAAGUCUCAGAAGUUGCCAAGAAGACUGUUUCAGUUUGUAGCAUUCCAAGAGUCAAUGGCUCAAAUACCAAUCAUGCCUUGAAGGCCCGGACUUUAGCUGGGAUGGCUUCGAAGACUACCACUACAUCCAUAUCGAAGAGGAUAGCACAUCUGCCUACCCUUCAAAGUGCAAGCUUAAAGAGGCCAGUUAUCCCGACGGAAUUUGGUGCCAAAGUUCCCACCAAUAUCCGUCAAAGGUAUCUCAAUCUCUUUAUUGAUGAGUGCCUUAAAUUCUGCUCAUCAUCCCAGGAAGCUUUUAACAAGGCUCUCUCAGAGGAGAAGGUGGCUUAUGAACGCAGUACCAGUCGGAAUAUCUACUUGAAUGUGGCAGUGAAUACGCUGAAGAAGCUAAGAAGCUUAGCGCCUACCUCCACUUCACCCAUGAGCAGAAACAGUAAUCGUAAAGUGGUGUCCCAUGAAGCAGUCCUUGGAGGGAAACUAGCAGCUAAAACCAGCUUUACACUGAAUCGUUCGGGCAGCCUGCGAGCAGAAGACUUAACAGGAGCCGCACUGUUCAGAAGACUAAAGGAAUAUCUGCUCACAGAGGAGCAGCUGAAAGAAAAUGGUUACCCUCUUCCACACCCUGAGAAGCCAGGCCGAGCCCUUCUUUUUACAGCAGAAGAGAAAAAAGUUAUGGACUCUUCCUGCCGGAUAUGCUGUCGUUGCGGUACAGAAUACUUCGUCUCUGCGACAGGCAAUUGCAUUCGGAGUGAAGAAUGUAUUUAUCAUUGGGGAAGGCUCCGCAGACAGCGAGUUGCUGGUGGAUGGGAAACCCAAUACUCCUGCUGCUCUGGAGCUGUUGGAUCAACUGGUUGCCAAGUUGCUAAACAACACGUCCAGGAUGGUCGGAAAGAGAACCUUGGAGGUUUUGUGAAGACUUUUGAGAAAUUACCUUCCACUGCUGGGUAUCCAGGAAUAUAUGCUCUGGAUUGUGAAAUGUGUUACACCAAACAAGGGUUAGAGUUGACACGUAUAACCGUGAUAAACUCAGACCUGAAAGUAGUCUAUGACACCUUUGUCAAACCUGACAACAAAGUGGUGGAUUACAACACCAGGUUUUCUGGUGUGACAGAAGAAGAUCUGAGGAACACUUGUAUAACUCUUCGGGAUGUCCAAGCAGUUUUAUUAAAUAUGUUCAGUGCUGACACCAUCUUGAUUGGACACAGUUUGGAAAGUGACUUAUUUGCACUAAAGCUUAUCCAUACCACCGUGGUGGACACUUCAGUUGUCUUUCCACACCGACUGGGUUUUCCCUAUAAGCGGGCAUUACGGACGCUGAUGGCAGACUACCUCAAACGCAUCAUCCAAGAUAAUGUGGAAGGACAUGACUCCAGUGAAGACGCCAGCGCCUGCAUGGAACUGAUGAUCUGGAAGAUCAAAGAAGAUGCAAAAGUCAAGCGAUGACUUGGGCCUCCCGUUCCUUUCCCUCUCCCCCUUCCCUCAUCUUCCUAAAAACAGUGCAAUAAAUACUGAGAUUUAACACUGUUCUGAAACUUGCAAAAAAUAAACCUAGCAAAGCAGCAUGCAUACCCCAGGUUUCCUAUGCACUUUCCAGAUAUUGAUGGAAUUCAGUUGGCUCAGCGAGAAGAUUGUAGCACUCAAAAGCCUCUUGUCCAGUCAGAUGUCCAGUCCUGGUACCUGCAUUUCUGGCAAAGUGGUUUUGAGUGGCACAAUCAGUUUUUUGUUGUCUAUGAGGAGCCCAAGAGGCACUUUGAGUAGUUCCCAAAGUAUCAAUCCUUUUGAUGUGACUGAUUGGUUGAGGUGUGUUGUUUUGUUUUGUUUUUUAAUUUUUUAAUAAUUUUUUAAAUUUAAACUUGAAAAAUUGCACAGCACCUGCUUUCUGGAAAGCAUCCUCUGCCACCUUGCCUAAGGACUGGGAAAUAAUUGGAGUACAUUUUGGCCCAAGGCAAAUUGUAAGAGGUUGACUUCCAGCAUCCCAGAGCAUAAACAAGAGCUAAGCCUCAUGAAAUUUUUCCAGAGGAAUGGAUGACCUUUUGAUCCCUAAAAUUGCAAUGACUUCUUAGCCACAGAUGAUAUGGGACAGGAGUUAGAGAGGUGCUGCCAGACUGCCUGUUCCUUAGCCUGGUAUCAUGGGGGCCACUGGACCCACAGUUCCAGGAGAUUCCUAUGGGGUCUUGGAGUCUUUUGAGAACCCUGCUGUCAGAGUGGGGAGAGGUUGCAGCAGCAAAAAUUGAAGGAACCGACAGUGUCUUACAUGCCUGGGACAUCAGGGAAACCGUUGCCUGUUCUUCCACAAAGGGCUUUGCAGCUCUGCCCUUGCUAAUGUCAGGGGAUUGACAAGGAAGUCUCUGACCCUACACUGGUGGGUUUGUAACUCUUGAUCAAGCUUUUCUAAUAAUCAUGCUCUCUCUGCCCUUCAAGUAGUCUUGGUUCUGAGUACAGAGAAGGCUUCUUGUGCAUCUGUUUAAAAUGGGUGGAAUGUGGUAUGAAAAACUGAGGGGAUUUAAUAAAUGUUCAGUGGUUUGCUCUGGUACUUUGUAGUGUGGCUGAGAGCUGUGGGACUGAAACCUGUUGUAGUCAGUGCUACCACUGAUAAGGCAGUCUUACUCUCUAGAAGCUUGCCACAGCAUCACUGACUGCUGGUCCUGCCAUUUUUUCACCCACAACUGUGACUGAGCCCAGCUUCCAGAAUGGAGGGUGCUGGGCCUAUAGCUAAACAUCACUCUCCAGCUGGAAUUGGAUAGUGGCUCUGGUGUGCACGCAUUAUCUCCCUCCGCUCUCCCCCUUCCCUUUCUCUCUUCUUCCCUCUCUUUGUCCCUCCCUGUCUCUCUCUCUCUCUCUUUCUUUCUUGUCCCUCCUCCCCCCAACCCCCCAUUUGGUAUCUAGCCAAGUUGAAUAGAAUUAAAGUAGACAACAAAGCAUACACAUUUAAAACAAAUUUUCAGUGAAUUGACUAGAGAUAUGGUUACAGCCAAGGGACCUUUCACUUCUGCUGCCCGGUUUUCUUCCUGGCAACUCUCCUGAAAGAAACUUUUAAAAAAGGUAUAGAUUUCAGUUUUCAUAGAGAUGUUCUUGAUUAGAAAUCAGUAGGUCAAAAGAAUAGGCAGUGAAACGAUUUUCAGUGUUCCAUGUCACAUUGCAUCCUUGAUCCUCUGGCUUCCGCUCAGUAAGAGCUCAGACUAAAGCAGCAAGAAAUAACCACCGACUCCUUUUCCAAGCAGUAGCAUUGGAAGGGCAGCUGUCUCUUUGACUUAAGUUCAAGGUAUGGAAACUGGUAAUUUGUACACCUCAGAAAUUGGCUUAUGCCAAUCAGAAGGUGCGUGGAAAAUCCAGAUAGUGGCAGCUUGUCAGCCAUUGGACCUCUGGUGUGUUCCUUAUUCCAACAUCACCACUCCCCCCAGGGAAUACAGACACCUAAUAUGUUUAGGAGUAAAGUCUGAGGUUCCUUUUGGAAGGAGAAAUGGCUGGGGGUGUUGGGAGGGGGAUGGUCAAGAAAGAUUUAAAAAAAAUUAUGUUUCUCCCCCAGUUUCCUAAUUUUUCCAUUUUCUAAACCGAUCUGAAGCACUGGGAACCAGCAGCUGUCUCAGAAGUGGCUGGAUCAAAGUGCUGUGCAGGGGCAAAGCAGGUGGGCUAAUUAAUGUAUAGUCUUUUCUCCUUAUAAUAAUGAUGGUAUUUACAUCAAUUUAAGAAACCAUGACCUCUUACCUUCCUCUUGUCUUCAUUAUUCAAUUGGGAUCUUAUAGCUCCAGUUAGGUAAGUGGAUGCCAAGUGUAGCUGUGAGUUGGCUAAGCCAACAUGUAACCAUUGAUGUUAGUACAUCUUUUUCUCACCUGUAAGGCUCUCUGGUUGAUACAGGGUAACCAGAGCUGGGGUUUAGGGCCUUAGAGGUAAAGUUCUGAACUCUGAAAUGCAAUGAAACACUGAAACACUUUUGAAACAUAAAAAAAAUUAUCAAGCAAAGGUGGGAUUUUUGAUUGUACAUAAGUAUUCUAAUCUGUUACUUUUUUUGUAAUUUUUUUAAAUAAAAAGGUGUGGAAGUCUA